UACACUUUGAUUUUGAAGUUGCAACAGAACAGAAAUAGCACUAGUGGAGUUUUCACAAUGUUUCGUGUAUUUACUUGGAUACACUUGGGAACCAAACAGUCAUGUUUCUCCACUUCUAGUUUACUUCUUGGAGGGGUUAAAAUGAAAAGAAAAAAGCAGGCGUUGCGUGCAGAUAAUCCACAUUUACCCAUUCGAAUUUUAGAAAAAACUAGCAAAGAUUAUGCACUUGCAAAUUUUGAUCAGUACUACUCACAAUUCUUCGGUAAGGAAUGGAACUCUAUACGCCUUGCUUUGCUUAGUCGGCAGAAACAUUGUGCCCUUGUGAAUAAUUUUGCAGAUCCAGAGGUGACCGCAGUUAAACUCAAAGAAUUGGGCUGUAUUAAUGUUACAGAAAUAUUUAAUCAAAUAAACGAUACAAGACCUAAGCCUGUGGUUACCAAUGAUAUCCCCUUAAAUGAAGAGAUAGAGCUUCCUCCUGAGCAAUCUGUCCCUAUAUCGGAGGUGGUAGAGGAAUCUGAACCUGAUGAUCCAUGUGUCUCCUUAAACCCUGACUCUGCUCAACAACGAUAUAUUGAUCCUGAUGAACUAGUGGUCGGUGAUGGUUCUACUUCAAUGUAUGAUUUUGUCCCAACUAGUCGGCUCAAGGGAAUGGAGGAUUUUAUAGAGGAGGGAGAAUAUUACGACAACUACCAGCCAAUAGGAAAUCAAACAAUUCCAAUCAAAAUCUGUAAUAAUAUUAACUUUCCGAAGCAUUUACAAAUAUUUACAUUUCCUCGGAAUGUGAUGGAUAGAUUUCCGCCCCCGACCCCGGGGCUGGAAGGAAACUUGAACUAUUAUUGUAUGGAUGCAGGAUCUGUGUUCCCUGUUUUAGCUCUGGACGUGAAACCAGAACAGACGGUUUUAGACAUGUGCUCUGCGCCAGGAGGGAAGGCUCUGAUAGCCCUGCAGACGCUUUAUCCCCGGAAAAUCGUCUGCAACGACAUCAGUGGCCGGAGACUUUCCAGAGUCGGAAGUGUAAUGGAGCAGUACUGUGGAGUAGGUUCAGGAGUAGGACAUGUUCGCGACACUGUCGAGUUCUCCAAAGGACACGGAGCUGAACUACUUGAGUACGGAGUGUAUGACAGGGUUCUCUGCGAUGUUCCAUGUUUCUCCGACCGCCAUUCAGUGAAUAGUGAAGACUUUAACAUGUUUGCAAUGAAAAUGAUUAAGAACAGACUUAAUCUUCCCAAGGAGCAGUGCGAAUUAUUAAAGGCGGGCCUGCUUUACCUGAAAGUGGGGGGUAAUUUAGUAUACUCCACAUGUACCUUGUCACCUAUACAGAACGAAGGGGUGGUGAACAUGGCAUUAAAGGCAAUAUGGGAGGAAACCACCUACCAAUACGUUGUUAACGAUCUUACAGAUGCGCUCCAACCUUUUAACUCUAUUUGUAAAAUACAUGGAGAAAAAAAAGGUGUCAAGCUGGGAAAUCUUAUCGUUCCACAUCUCUCGAAUAAUUUUGGACCAACCUACUUUUGCAAAAUAACAAGGGAAUCAUAAUUUUUUCAGA